AUGAUAAGGGCUUCUACUCUGCACUCUAACCCACAAGCAGUCCUUCAAUUUUACUCUAAAAUGAGGCGUGAAGGUGCUUCUCCUGAUGGCUUCACCUUCAACUUCUUGCUCGAGUCGUGCCGCCGUACCUGCAAGGAUGCGUAUGGAAUGCAAGUCCAUGGCCAUAUAAUCAAGCUUGGAUGGGCAUCUUGCAAUAAGAUCUUGGACACUAAUUUGGCUAUGAUGUAUGUGGAUUGUGGCCAAUUAAAAUGUGCAAUGCAAAUGUUUGAUAAGGUGCCUCAAAGAGAUGUUGUUUCAUGGAGUGCUAUAAUAGCCAUUCAUGCAAGAAAAGGGGACAUAGACCAUGCACUGAGGCUCUUGGAUUGCAUGGGGUCAUCAGGCAUCCAUCCCAAUGAGGUUACAUUGAUGCCAAUCAUCCAAGCCAUUGCCAAGUCCAGUGCACUCACUCUAGGGAAACAACUUCAUAAUUUCAUAGAUAGAAGCCCAUACAUAAGGAAAGACACUUACUUGAGCAAUGCCAUUGUGUAUAUGUAUGCAAAGUGUGGUGAUAUAGACAAGGCUAGAUGGGUUUUUGAUGGGAUUAUAGAGAAAGAUGUAUGGUCAUGGAGUGUCAUGAUAGAAGCGUUGGCAAUACAUGGCCAUGGCGAGGAGGCCUUAAGAGUCUUUUCGAGAAUGUUGAAGGUCGGCGUGCUGCCUAAUGAGGUCACACUAUUGAGUGUGUUAAGUGCAUGUAGCCAUUCAGGGCUGGUAAGUGAGGGCCGGAAGUUGUUUAGAGAGAUGAAUGCCAAGUAUGGUUUGGUCCCAAGAGUUGAGCACUAUGGGUGUAUUGUAGGCCUGCAUUCACGGGCCGGGCUUCUUGAUGAGGCCCAAGAACUUGUAUGGGGGAUGGGAGAAAGGCCCAAUGGGCUUGUGUGGCGAGCAUUGGCGGGUGGUUGCAUGGCCUAUGGGAAUGUGGAGAUGGCAAAGGAUGCAUGUCAAUUGCUUCUUGAGUUGGAUCGUGAUCAUGUGGGGGACUAUGUGCUCAUGUCUAAUGUGUAUGCUAGUGUUGGAAGGUGGAAGGAUGUAGAAAGAGAGAGAAGCAUGGUGGAUAUGUUGGGGUUGAAGAAAGUGAGAGGUGUAAGUGCCAUUGAGUUGGAUGAUCAUGGUUAUCUCUCUACACUCAAAAACAAAAAUGAUCAUGGCCGUAUGUGUAGAUGA